AUGGUCCUCGAAGAAGCGACAAACAACAGUGAGCCCAACUCGUUCGGCGAGCUUCCCACGCCAGAUGACGGCAAUGACGCCCAAACACCAACCCGCUACCACAUCAAGCUCGAUCAGCUGCCGCGACCUGUCAACUUGUUCAUGGUGCCAGUUCGAGACGAUGCCAUAGUAAAAACCAUCCUUCGAAGCUGUCAUGAAGCCCAAGCAGUCAUACAUCGCCCCUUGCGCCAGGAAGAGGUCGACGCCAUCAGCUACCACUUUGCAAAGUCACUACGGACGGUAUCAUGGGGUCCGCCAGUUGGUAUGGCUGGUGGUGCCAUCGCUGCAUACCGCACCAUGAGUAACUUCCGCUUCCCUGGAUAUACUCCUAAGACCGAGGCCGAGGGUGGUGCGUUCAACCCUGAGCGCUUCGGCCCUGUACGUGGACAGAUGGCUCGUUACGCCUGGCACACUCUGCGUUUCCAGCUCUACGGCGCUGUUGGCUUCUUCACUGGCGCCCUCCUGUUUGCCAGUUAUGCCACUUCGGUCAAUGCAGUCGAGACUGGCUCGGAUCCUCGCAUGAAAGACUAUAUCGAAGCAUUGAAGAAUCGUGCACAAAGACACACUGGCCAGAUGCAACCUCAAGGUCAACGCAACCCGAUCAUGAGCCAAGAAGGUCGUAUGGAUCAACAGGCACAACGUGCAUCGCAGAAACUCGGUAUGGAAGAUGCAUGGAAGCGUCAAGAUGUGCAGCGCAAGGCUUCCGACUACGACGACAUGAGUCCUACUGGAGGUGCUUGGAUGGACGACUAUAAGCAGGAGGCUCAGGACACUGGUCUAUUGACAGACGAGCAGUUGAACGCGCGCGCUCGCAAGGAACAGUCAAAUGCAGACCGUGCCGAACGAGUCGAGGAGUCUAGAGUUGCUGCUCAGGCACAAUCCCGUGUUGAUCAGUCACGAAGAAACAACCACAACAGCAGUGACGAUGUAUCUCCACUCGGCGCCCAGCAGGCUGCACCCGCGCCUCGCUCGUCAGGCAGUACCUGGGACCGCAUCAGACAAGAGUCUUCCAGCUCCAAGGGCUCCCCACGUCAAUCACCCACCACCACCCCUCAAGUCAGAAAUGAGCAGCAAGAGGGUUCAACACUGGGCGAUUCCUUCUCAUUCUCUUCUUCAGACGAAGAGAGACAGUUAGCCAAGAUUGAAGCUCAGAAGGAGUUUGAUGCAAGAGUGGAAAGAGAGCGUCAAGGAGGCGACUUUUCCGAGAGCGGCGGCAAGGGAGGCUGGAGAAGAUGA